GAACUCGAAUGCUCCAUCGUACCGGAUGUGAUCUAAUAAUCGUCCCCGGAAGUAACGUCGCCUCGAUGUGUGUUGAACGGCUGCUAGUCUGAAUCCAAAAUAAAUACUUUCAGAGGAACAUUUUUAAUCAUUUUCCGCAUUUAGUCGACUUUGAAAUGCGAGUGUUGUGGGAAGAUUGACGGAAAAAACUAGAGUGUUGAGUGAUGGUCUGACUGGAGCUGGAAACAUGCACAGCCGCUUGCAGGAGUUGAAAAAGGAGGAGGAGACUCUCCUCAAAAUCAAAGUCAUGCUGCAAGACCAGCUGAACCGUUUGAAAUUUGAAGAGGGAACCUUGAAGUCCAUUAUCAAUGCUCAAACAGAAGAAGCGGGCUCUCAACGCUCAAGUGCUGAAACUGAGGUUCAAAUUAAUCUUGACGAUGAGAGUGAAAUCAAUCGCACCAAACUCCUACUGAACGCAGCUGUGGAUUGUGACAUGGAGGAAGAGGAUGAGGAUGAAGAGGAGGACGAUGACGAUGAAGAUCAAGAGGAAGACGAAAAUGAGCUUGAACUUGUGCCUGAGGAGGAUGAGGAAGACGAGAAUUACUGAGAAUUGUGGGUCGUCUGUGUAUCGACUGAAGACAAAUGUGAAUUCAAUGUAACCAGAAACCUGUUUUGUUUUUUUACUAUUGAUUAGUUAACAUGUUUAACUUAUUUUGAGAGAAUGAGUUACAGUUUUAGGAUUUGAAGAGUUAGCACUCGUGUGUCUCAUUUACACACCUUCAGUCCUUACCUGCAGUCAAAUUUUAUAGAACAUGUGUGAGUAAAGUGCAUUAAAGCAGUGUUAAAAUAGGUGCCUGUACUGUAACUUCUGUGACACUUUGAGCAUUAGGGGAUUAAAAAAAAAAAUUAGAAAAAAAUAGCAACAAAUCCCCCCAAAAAAACAAAAUAUCAAAGCUGUCCAGAUGUAUCAAUAUAUAACAAAUGAAGAUGCACUGUGUAAGAAAUAAGCACAAAAAUAAAAUAUUUCAUGUGGCAAUUAAUUACAAGCUUGUGUACUUUUUGAAUUGUGGGUUAAAUCUAAAGUUAUCCAGUUUUGUCCUAACCCCAUCCAGGAAAAUAGAUUAUGCAGAGCAAACACUUUCCUUUAGAAAACCAUUCAGCAUUUUCUAAACAGUUAAAACAAUACGGCAGCCUCACAAUACUGCCAGCUUUCACUCUGACUGCAGGGACAGCUGUGGAGAAGGGUGGCGUUUCAGCAGGGAACGUACAGACAGAAGUUUCAGAGACUUUUUGAAUGUUCUGCUGCUUCAGGAAAACCCCGCUCCCUCUCAGACUCGGGUGGUCCGCCUGCAGCAAAUGCAAUCUUCAUAACGCUUACAGAAGGACUCAGGAGUACCAUGCGGCCCGGCGGUGCGGUCAGCGUGUGCCAUGUGCUUAUGUUGGUGUUGUGUCUGUCUGCGGCUGAGGACUUCGACUGGACAAAGGACGAGCACGGCUCCUUCUAUUAUGGCACUUUUCCAGCUGGAUUUUCAUGGGGGGCCGGAGGCUCGGCCUAUCAAACAGAAGGAGCCUGGGACAAAGACGGAAAAGGACUGAGCAUCUGGGAUGUGUUCAGUCACAAGAAGGGAAAAAUACUACUAAACGAGACGGGGGAUUCCUCCUGUGAGGGAUACUAUAAAGUCAAGGAUGAUGUUUCUCUGAUGAAGGAGCUGAUGCUGAACCACUACAUUUUCUCCAUCUCCUGGCCCAGGAUCAUUCCCACCGGCAUAAAGUCCGACCAUAUCAAUGAAAGAGGAAUCCAGUAUUAUGAUCAACUGAUCAACCAACUUUUGGAAAACAAGAUCACUCCUAUUGUCACGCUGUAUCACUGGGACCUUCCUCAGGUUCUGCAAGAGAAAUACGGAGGGUGGCAGAACAUCAGCAUGGUCAAUCAUUUUAAUGAGUUUGCAAACCUGUGCUUUGAGAGGUUUGGCAACAGAGUGAAGCAUUGGAUCACCUUCAGCAAUCCAUGGUCUGUAGCAGUUGAGGGGUAUGAGACGGGGGAACACGCUCCUGGGCUGAAGCUGAGAGGAACAGGGGCAUACAGAGCUGCACAUCACAUUAUUAAGGCACACGCUAAGGUUUGGCACACUUACGAUACUCAGUGGAGAGGAAAACAAAGAGGCCUGGUCGGCAUCUCUCUGUCGGGGGACUGGGGGGAGCCGGUGGACAUCAGUAACCAGAGAGACAUAGAAGCAGCUGAGAGGUAUGUCCAGUUCUGCCUGGGCUGGUUCGCCACCCCCAUCUUUCAUGGGGACUACCCUCAAGUGAUGAAGGAUUUUGUUGGAAGAAAGAGUGCCCAGCAGGGUCUGGGAACGUCCCGACUUCCUUCUUUUUCCCCCCAAGAGAAGAGCUACAUUAAGGGGACUUGUGACUUCCUUGGGAUAGGUCACUUCACCACUCGCUACAUCACCCACAAGAACAACCCAUCGGGUCGGAGCAGCAGCAGCUUCUUCACUGACCGGGACGUGGCCGAGCUGGUCGACCCGCGCUGGCCCGACCCCGGAUCAGAGUGGCUCUACUCUGUCCCCUGGGGUUUUAGACGAAUGCUGAAUUUUGUCAAGACUCAGUAUGGAAACCCAGCGGUUUAUGUGACCGAGAACGGAGUCUCUGAGAAGAUGCUGUGCACGGAGCUGUGUGACGAGUGGAGGAUCCAGUACUUCAAAGACUACAUCAAUGAGAUGCUGAAAGCAAUCAAAGACGGCGUGAACGUGAAGGGCUACACGGCCUGGUCGCUGCUGGACAAGUUUGAGUGGGAUGAAGGGUACUCGGAGAGGUUUGGCCUGUACUACGUGGACUUCAGAAACAAGAACAAGCCUCGCUACCCCAAAGCUUCAGUCCAGUUUUACAAACAAGUCAUCAGCUCCAACGGAUUUCCAAACCAAAGAGAGGUUGAAAACUGGAAGAGGAAGGCGGUGGAGACCUGUUCUUCAAGCAAUCAGCUGCUGGCAGCAGCUAGAAGAAUACCCCAGGAACAUGCAGAAAAGCCCAAGAGGAACAGCGGAGUACUGCUGCCAAUAUUCUCAGACUUAUACAUGGUAAGAAAUUCUUUUUGCUCAGGAAAAAAAGAAUAAUUUAAUGAGCAGAGAAAUGUUAACCCUUUGAGUGCUGUGCUUCUUUACUAGCAGCUUCAUUAGAUUAUUUGUCAAAUUAUUUUUUUUUAUAUAAACAAGUUUGCAUGGUUAUUUGUUCUUGCAGACCCUCUGACCAGCCACAUGGAGAUGGUGACGGAGAUCGUUGUUCCCACCGUCUGCACGCUCUCCAUUCUGCUCAGUGCCGUCUUCCUAAUGUUCCUGCUGCGCCGGCGGAAUUAGAAAGUCUGCAAUCCCAAAAAAUCAAGUCUGUGGUCCAAGAACUUAUCCUUUUAAUGAAUUAUGUGUGAGACUUUGAACAGAGCUUAUUAGUUUAAAGUGUGAAUACAGAGUUUUCAGAAAAAAGACUUGAACUCAGAAGACAAAGCAUUGAGAAUGCACCUCCAACAUACUGAUCUUCAUAUUGGAACGUUGAAGUGGAAUGUUGUUUUUGCUUACAGCCACUAUCAUACACUGUACUUUGUUGUGUUACUUUAAAUUAAACUGGUUUAUUUGGCAAAAAAUUCUUUCAAAUUUAUUUUUUUUCCGCACAAAAAAACAGAUAGAGAUGUUCACUUGGUGAGGUCAAAAUUAAACAAAUACAGAUUACUGCAGGUUUUUAAACAGUUCAAACAUGUCUGGGUUGCUUAUCAGUGUGAAACUCACCUAAACAUUUUUUUCCUUUUUUUAAAUGUGAAAUUUUAACAAAAUUAUGCAAAUCUGACGAGGCUGCAGCACAACAUGGUUGAAAAGAAAGCAGGUUCCUCACAGUCUCUACCUGCUGUCUCCACUGGAUAAUCUACAAAAAUAAAGUAUAUAUAUUUAAGAAAUUAA